AUGAAUUCCAAAAGAGAAGACGAGGAGCCAGAUUCAUUGACGGCGGUUGAUUACAUCAAAUCGCGUGAUAAAUUGGAGAAAGAGGCGAGAGAAUUAAUGCCUUUCGACCCCAGCGAGUGCACGUAUGAAAAGGGUGAACUAAGACAGCCAAUUUUUGCUUGCAUUACGUGUUCUAAUGAAAAUAACGAGAAAAUUGGAGUCUGUUAUUCGUGUUCUAUUCAAUGUCAUUCGUCACACGAGCUUGUAGAGUUAUUUACGAAACGAAAUUUCGUCUGCGACUGUGGUACAACCAAGAUGUCAAAAACGAUUGAUGGCGGAUGCAAAUUGAGAUUAAAAAGAGAAGAGAACGAGCGCAGACCAUCAAUACCAAGGACGGGAUAUUCGACUAGUGGCCCAUCUAAGAGUCAUGAUAUAAGAAUGCCAGCGGAGGAUAUACCAUCACUGUCAAAUAUAUAUAACCAGAAUUUUCAGGGAUUAUUCUGCUCGUGUGAGAAGCCAUACAAUCCUCUUGAAGAAACAGGGAAUAUGAUUCAAUGCUAUUUUGGCUUUACGUGUGGUGAAGAUUGGUUUCACGAUGAAUGUAUCUUAGGAUACAAACCGGGUACUAUUCGCAAGCACAAUGAGACCAAACGACAUGAACAAGGGAAGAACUGUUUACAUAAAUUAUCUCCUCCAGGAGAGGAUGCGAGAGCAGAUAUAGAAGUUAAGCAAACACCCCCAAAGACAUAUUCGGUUCCUUACUUUCCAGAUCUAGAAGAAUUUGACCUGUUCAUUUGCUGGAAAUGUGUUAAAGAGUUUAGACAUAUUUUCAAAGAGAUCGAAAAUGAUAAGAAAGUCACUCUUACGAAAUUACCUCAUUUUAAUGGAGUUGAAUCAACGUCAGAUUGGAAAGAGCAAUAUGAAAAAGUGAUCGACAAAGAUUAUGAUGCCCCUAAAUCGAAGAAAAUUAAAAUUGAUCCAGAUCAUGAAGUUUCAUAUUCCAUAUUCUUACAGCCUGAUUUUAGAGACCGCUUACUAGAGAUCAAGAAUACCAUUUCACAUGAUUCGAAGCUUCAUGAAUUUUUAUGUAACAAUGAAUAUUUAUAUCUUGAUGAUCCAAUUUAUGAAUGCCCUGAAGAUAAUGAGGGUGAAAAUUCCACAACUGGAUCAUUAUAUGACCUAGGUACAGAUGCCCUUCUGUCAAUGCCUAGAGAUCAGGCUAUUGAAGGGCUCCAAGCAUAUGAAAAGAUCAGCUCUAAGUUGAAAGAAUUUUUUAAGCCAUUUGCUGAACAGGGGAAAGUGGUUACUGAAGAAGAAGUAAGAGAUUUUUUUAGUGAGAUACAGAAGAAAAAAGAUAAGUAA